AUGCCAAUCGACGACGAUAACAAUCCUGAUCGGCUCCCUUCAGAGCCUCCCGAACUCCCUGACCAAAACUACGAAAGAAACGGCAGCAUGUCGCUCGGGGCUGGCCCGAAUGCGAACGGCGAUGAGGUCUCGCCCAUCAAUGGAGAUUCAGUGCCAACAAGUGCUGCCCCUCCAGUCCAAAUCGAUCCUUACGCGAAGGCCGUUCAAGAGGUUAUUACUUCAGAAGUAUGCGUAGAGUUGGGCCGUCCAAAUUUAAGUUGUGUGCUAACCGGCGACAUCCAGAUCGGCGUCUCGACUUUGCUCAAUCGUUUGAAGCAAAGCAUAGCAUCCGCGAAGGAGUUUGCCCUCUUCCUGAAGAAGCGUUCCGUGUUGGAGGAAGAACAUUCGAAUGGGCUCAAAAAGCUCUCCAGAUCAACGGUCGAGAAUAUCCGCCGACCAGAACAACGCCACGGUUCCUUCCUCCAGUCUUAUGAAGAAGUCGCUAUGAUUCACGAUCGUAUGGCAGAAAAUGGGGCGCAAUUCGCCGCUUCACUGCACCUGAUGCAUGACGAUUUGAUGGACUUGGCUGCGAACGUCGAGCGGGGUAGAAAGCAAUGGAAGGCUACGGGACUGAGUGCAGAAACACGAGUAGCAAAUACAGAGGAGGCUAUGAGGAAAUCCAAGGUCAAGUACGAUGCACUAGCGGAAGACUAUGAUCGUGCAAGAACAGGGGAUCGACAGGCUGGGAAGAAAUUCGGCUUGAAGGGACCCAAGUCUGCCCAGCAGCACGAGGAAGAUCUUCUUCGAAAAGUGCAGGCUGCGGAUCAGGAUUAUGCUACGAAGGUGCAAACCACCCAAAGUCAGCGAAGCGAGCUUCAUUCGAAGUUGCGACCUGAUGCUGUGAGGGCACUGCAAGAGCUUAUAAAAGAGUGUGACGCGGCGUUGACCUUGCAGAUGCAGAAGUUUGCCUCUUUCAAUGAGAAGCUCCUUUUGAGUAAUGGCCUAAACGUUAGCCCACUCAAAGGAAAUGAUCAUGGGGGCCCGCGAAGCCUUCGUGAGGUUGUGUAUGCCAUUGACAAUGAGAAAGAUCUCAAUAGCUACCUCGCCAGCCAUGCUAAGAAUAUUGCGCCUCGAACAGCUGAGAUUGUUUAUCAAAAAAAUCCCGUCUUGAACCCUACACAAUCAAACGUGCCUCCGCCUCAACGUCAGUCAGAUCCUGCAGCCUCCUAUGCAUCUCGACAGGGCCCCGCACAGGCGUUCAGUCCUACGCAAUCGCCUCAUCAAACGCACGUGAGUCAAUCAUUCAACCAAGGACCGCCACCUGCCGCCACCCAACAGCAUGAGAGGAGCUUUAGUCAAGGUCCGUCGAUGCCACCAGUCCAGCAGUAUGGAUCUAUGGGAGGGCCGCCUCGAGGACCCCCGCAAAAUCAAAGCUUCACCUCCAGCCCAAUCAGUGCCGGUGCCGGCGCUGGCGGUCCUCCACAACUCUCAACACUUCCAUUCCAAUCUUCACACACUCCACCUCCUCAAUCCUUCCCACCGCAACAAGCAGCACCAUCUAGUUAUAACCAAUCCCCAACGACAGGAAAUAACGGCAAUCUCCCUCCUCUCAAACCUGUUUUCGGUCUUAGUCUGGAGCAACUGUUCGAGCGAGACGGGUCUGCUGUGCCUAUGGUUGUGUAUCAGUGCAUUCAAGCCGUGGAUCUGUUUGGACUCGAGGUAGAAGGCAUCUACCGUCUGUCAGGAACUUCGUCCCACAUUACCAAACUCAAGGCCAUGUUUGAUAAUGACGCUUCUAAGGUUGACUUCCGUAACCCCGAAAAUUUCAUGCAUGAUGUAAACAGUGUAGCUGGUCUGUUGAAGCAAUUCUUCCGCGAGCUCCCUAAUCCGCUCCUCACAUUUGAGCAUUACACCGGUUUUAUUGAAGCUGCCAAAAAUGAUGAUGAUAUCGUACGCCGCGACUCACUUCACGCUAUUAUCAACAGUCUCCCCGAUCCUAACUACGCAACUCUGCGUGCUAUUACUCUACAUCUCAACAGAGUACAAGAGAACUCAAGCUCAAAUCGCAUGACUUCAGGAAAUCUGGCAAUUGUGUUUGGGCCGACUCUCAUGGGCGCCAAUUCGGGGCCGAACAUUCAGGAUGCCGGGUUGCAAGUGAGAGUUGUCGACACAAUAUUACACAAUACGUACCAGAUAUUUGACGAUGACUGA